UAGAGGAUUUGAUCCGUCCUAGUAUAGCCAUCAUGGAAUUUGUUGCCCUAGACCUGAUAACUUACUCGAUAUUUGCUGUAGCAAUUGGUUGUUUUUAUAUAGUUUUCCACUAUGUCGGUCAACGGUCAAAUAACUGGAAACAGAGGUCACCGCCGGAAGCCGGCGGAGGGAGGCCUGUUUUCGGCCACCUUCACCUCUUCAGAGGCGCCGUCCCUGCCCACGUGGCCCUCGGAGAAUUGGCCGACAAGUACGAAGAGCGGCCUGACAGAAUCGAGAAUUAGUUACCGGAAGGAGCAGCGGAGUGAUGAACAUAUGAGAGUUAGAGAUGGAGGAGCGGCGGUUGGUCGAGCUUCGUGCCACCACCUAGGCAGCUAUGUCUUUGAACCAGCGGACUCCAGCUUAGGUUUUGAUGUUUCUGUUGCUUUCGUUUAAAGACGUAUAUGCGGAAUAUGAAACUUAAAUCUUUUAAAAAUUAUGAAAGAGACCCCGUGUCUAACUGAAGUUUACACAAAUUAUAAUGUUGACCCCGUCUCAGCUUUCAAUGUCGGGCAUUAUUUUAACUGUGAUAGAUAAGAUUUUAAUAUUACAUUUUAAGCCUCCGAACAACACAUGAAACUUUCAUUAAUCAUAAAACGAACCCCGUGUCUGCAUACAAUAACGGCUAUUUUCAAACCCAUAUAAAAAGGUAGUUAUAAAAUGCAUAUUUUCUACUAGUGGAGGGAUAAUAAUGUCUUUUAAUGAGCUAUUUCUUUUCUUAUAUAUAAAUAGAUGUAUGAAUUUGAAAUAUCUUUUUUUAUCUCCAUUGGUAUGUAUAGUAGCUAAACUUUCAAGUUUUACAUUGCUAAUUUAACAAUGAAAUUAAAGAGUUACGUUUAAAGCACAACCAAAUAUGAACUAGCUAAGCUAAAAAGUAAUAACCAAGUUGAGUGCAAUAGCAGUGAUCAGUGAACUAGUUAAGAAAAGGAGUACUCCGUAUAUCGGUGCUAAGGACGACUUAUUACAAGAAAUAUAUUAUGUACAAAUGAACUUUGAAUCUGUACUACGGUCUUGUCCGGUAUCGAUUCUCAUUCAGCGUGAAACAGUUAUUGGAAAACUAUUAAUGAUAGAUUAAUUAAUUUGAGACCCGAAAGAUAAAUAAAUUAUCAAUCCGAGACCCGAUCGAAAGAUGAAAUGUAUCGGUAUAAGACUCGAAUGAUGAAAAACUAUCAAUCUAGGAUUGAUAAUUUUCAAUCAUUCGGAUCCUUAAAUGGAUAGUUUUCCAUCAUCCGGGUCCUAUAUUGAUACAUUUUAUCUUUCAGAUCCCGGAUUGAUAAUUCGUCUAUCUUUCGAAUCCUGAAUAGAUAAAAUUCCUUUUUCCAAUUCGGUAACAUAUGGUUGAGAACUUGAGUUUGAUACCAAUGCAUGCCAAUUUUUUUUUUACGUCCCUAGUUUCUUAGUUUUGUUCGGUUUGUGAGCGUUCCGAUAGUUUUCUUUGGCAAAGUAGGUAUGAAUUGGCAAUGAUAUCACACGACAGUACAAUACGGUUCCAAGAUUUGAAUUAUGUACUUACUUUUUUUUGGUUAUAUAUGUUGGGCGUAAAAUUAGGUCACCUCCCAAGUACCAAGUCGUCAUCGUUUUCAUCUGUGGGCGCAAAUGCGCAAUACUUCAAUGCAUGCAAGUAGACCAAGCUCAUAAUUGUAAUCAAAUUGAAUGUUUUCUAGAUAUAUUACGUACCAUCAAAUUGUUACCAAAUGAAAGCUAUUAUUGUAAUACUCAUUCGUCCAAACAAAAUUGUGAUUCUGUACAAAACUCAACCACAUUAGUUUUAUUUUUUCUAUUUUUCAUCUGAUUCAAAAUUUGCAAUGUCCAAUAGAACCGAGGUAAUUUAAUAUAACUAUACGCACGCAAAGUACUUGUGUGAUCAUAUACUAUCGUAUAUAGUUUGUACUUUGUAGGAAAGUGAAAAUGAAAAUCAUAUGAAAAACAAUUUUUUCUCUUAUGACUUCAUAGAGUAAAGAGUGAUGGAUUAGAUGCACUUCAAUUUUGUUUGUAUCUAUAAAAAACUUCGCCUAUGACCCGGUUUAGUGACCACAUUUUUUUGGCUUAUCAACUUUAUCAAUCAACUCUUUCACCAAAACAUGUAAGUUUUUUGUGCG